GCAGCGGCUACUAAGUACCGCCCCACCCCCCCAAAAAACAUUAUAUUUACGACAGCUGGCCUCUCCGUCCUUUCCAUCUCCAGGCAAACGAGAAAGGCUCGGUUUGCGGUUGUGUCAGUGAGUAGUGAAGAUGGCGACUCUGUACACCUAUCCAGAUUACUGGAGGUCAUACCCAGUGUUGAUCGCAGCCCAGUACAGUGGAGUGCAGCUGAAUGUGAUUUCUGGACCCCCUGAGUUUGAACCACAGACUGGCUGCAGAACAGAUCACUUCCUAUCCAAGUUUCCCCUUGGAAAGGUCCCAGCGUUUGAAGGAGAGAACGGUUUUCUUAUUCACGAGAGUAAUGCCAUUGCCCACUACGUGGGUACCGAUGCUCUGAGAGGCAGUGGUCCUAAAGAGAAUGCCCUGGUCCAGCAAUGGGUGAGCUACGCAGAUGGGGAGCUUGUGCCCUCCGUCGCUAAUUGGGUCUACCCAACCCUGGGAGUCACAGCCUAUAACAAGCAGACCAGUGAGAAAGCACAGACGGCCCUGCAGGGGGCGCUGUCCUUCCUGAACGAGCACCUCCAGACCCGCACGUUCCUGGUAGGGGAGAGGGUGUCGCUCGCUGACAUCACUGUGGUGUGCGCCCUGCUGCUCCUUUACAAACAGGUGCUGGAUCCCUCCUUGCGCGAGCCCUUCUCCAACGUCACCCGCUGGUUCUGCACGUGUGUGCAUCAGCCCCAGUUCAGUGCUGUACUGGGAGAGGUGAAGCUGUGCGAGAAGGCUGCCCAGUGCCAAGUUAAAAAGGAUGUAAAAACUCCAAAGAAAACUGAGCAGAAGACCGAGGAGGAGGCAGAUGCCACUGAAGAGGUGAUGGCAGCAGAGCCCAAAGCUAAAGACCCCUUCGCUGCCCUGCCUCAGAGCCCCUUCGUUCUGGAUGAGUUCAAGCGCCAGUACUCCAAUGAGGACCCCCAGACUGUAGCUCUGCCUCACUUCUGGGAACACUUUGACAGGGACGGCUGGUCUCUGUGGUACGCAGAGUAUAAGUACCCCAAUGAGCUCGGCGAAGUCUUUAUGAGCAGCAACCUUAUUGCAGGCAUGUUCCAGCGUCUCGAGCGACUGCGCAAGAACGGCUUUGCCAGCAUGGCUCUCUUUGGGAAAGACGGCGACAGCUCCAUCUCUGGGGUCUGGCUCUUCAGAGGGCAGCAGCUGGCAUUCGAGCUCUGUGAUGACUGGAAGGUGGAUUAUGGCUCGUAUUCCUGGAGGAAGCUGGACCCUGACAGCGAGGAGUGCAAGACCCUGGUGAAGGAGUACCUGUGCUGGGAGGGAGAGUUCAAACACGUGGGCAAGCCCUUCAACCAGGGCAAGAUCUUCAAAUAAAUGCCCACAGCCAGCCAUGGUGUUUAGAAAAGGGUGAUCGUAGUCGAUCAGUUUCUAUUGUGCACUGUGAAAAAUGUUUCUUUUGUGUUAUAUGCCUACAAUUCUUUCUAUUUUUGGUGAAACAUAACUGUAAAAUACGCUGUUGUGCAGGGUUUAAACCUGCAUCUAGGUGAGACUAAAUGUAAUGUAUUAAGUCUAAGGACAUUGAUGAAAGGAUCAUAAUCAGGGACUUGCAUGUACAGUAAGGUUCCAUGUCGGUUUGAGUGUGGUUUGUGUAAAAAACGAAUGCCUUGCUGUUUUACACUGAUCUUCAUGCCCUGCACCGAGAAUGGUUGCAAGAUUGUUUACAGACUUGCUCAAUGCAGAAUGAAACCAAAAGUCCCUUAUCAGAAACAUUCCUCCAGUAUUAAAUAUUUGCACUGAUUAAGUUAGCUUAUUUUCCUAUUCAAGCACUGCAUGGCUGUCUACCUCAAAACAGAAGCUCUUAACCCAUGUUUCUUAUGCCCUAUUAUAAUGAACAUGUCAUAACAUAUGAAAGAUGUUUACAAAUAGUACCGCAGAUGAAUUAAUAAUUAAAAAAUAUAUAUAUAAAA